AUGGCCCCCAUCGCCCUCACUGUCCGCUCCACAAUAUUGCAUACUGCGCCUUCUCGUAGCAAACGAGCCCCAUCUGCGGCCCAUAAUCUUUCGGUUCUGAUUGGUAUUACUGUCUCAAUUAUCUGCGUCGUUGUCACUGUUGGGACGAUAUGUUGGCUUUUGAGGCGGCGGAAGAGGAAGGCGGCCAAGAGUCCCGAGAAGCCCUCGGAAAUUGACACGACAUAUGCUGGAACUGAGAUCAAAUACCGAAGAAUAUCCGAGCUACCAGUCCCAGAAGUAGUACCACCUGAAUAUUUCAAGUCGCCGCAGCCGACCUCAAAUAGAGCGACUACGCUAGAGUCAAAAACCGCAGCAAGGUCCGACUCAUCAAAAGAAAAAGAGUGCGGCACUCCAAACCAAGUUUUCAGCUAUAAUCAAAGAACUCUGCUAGAAUUGCCAUCGAACGAGGAAGUCCAUUUUUCACAUCUCCCCUUCGCUUCUGCAAACAUCGGGAAUAGUAACGAUCGGCAGCAGAAUACCAUAUCAGAUUAUGUCAACCCAUUUGCUGUCGAGCACCGCCCGAACCCUGUGUAUUAUUCGUCUUUUGCUGGUCCGUCGCACACACCAGACGUGUUUCCACAUCAAGAAGCAUCUUUUGCGGAUAUUGAGAUGCCGCAGAUCGACGAACGCAUUACAUUUGACAUCGAUCUGGCUACCUCAGACACGGAGAUGCUUCCAGCAGGCACAUCCUCAGAUAGCUGUGAGCUGCGUUUACCAGAGCCAAUACAUGGUAGUAUCGAUAACCAGAUGUCUACCGAUAUCGACCAAGAAGAGGUUUCCUGGCCCCUGGCCAACAACCAUCAUCUUGCACAAGACUUGCCACAUCCAGAAGGUCGAGCGCAGACCAGAAAUCUAAAGAAUCCCCCGAAGCACAACAAAGUGGCAUCCAUGCAUUUGUUCCAGCGUCUACUCCUAAUUUGGCUCCUUGCAAGAGGAUAG